CGGACCCUCAAGGGGUCACUUCCCUUCUCCGUGUUUCAGUUUCCUCAAGUGUUAGGCUGGCAGGGGGCCGGGCUGGCUCUAAAAGAACCUCGGCUCGGGAUCGCCAGCCGCAGUCCCUGCCCUUCCCCCGCCUGCGGGCCGGGCGCCCCCUCCGCUCGUACAGCUCUGCCGGCGGCCCGGGACAAUCCUCGCCUUGUCUAGGGCUCCGGCAUCUGGAGUUUUCUGUAACCUCCGGCUACGCCUUUUUUUUUUCACCCUCAGGGCGGAGCCCCAACCGGGCUCCUCCUAGCUGCUGGCGGUACAGCAGCCCCGGUCCUUUUUCUAGAGCCCCUCUCCCGAGUUGGGAUCCAAGGCAGACAGCCAGAGCCGGAUGCGGGCCUGUGUGCAGCUCGGCCCGCUCUCCGCCAUGGCCUCGGGCCUGGAACUCCGGCCCCUGCUACUGCUGCUGCUACUGCUGUCGCCGUCUCCUGCCGCCUCGGCCUCAGAUCGACCCCGGGGCAGCGAUCCCGUCAACCCAGAAAAGCUGCUGGUGAUCACCGUGGCCACAGCGGAGACAGAGGGAUACCGGCGUUUCCUGCAGUCAGCGGAGUUUUUCAACUACACUGUGCGGACCCUGGGCCUGGGAGAGGAGUGGCGAGGGGGUGAUGUCGCCCGAACGGUCGGUGGAGGACAGAAAGUCAGGUGGCUCAAGAAGGAAAUGGAGAAAUACGCAGAGAGGGAAGAUAUGGUCAUCAUGUUUGUGGACAGCUACGACGUGGUUCUGGCUGGCAGCCCCUCGGAGCUGCUGAAGAAGUUCGUCCAGAGUGGCAGCCGCCUGCUCUUCUCCGCAGAGAGCUUCUGCUGGCCCGAGUGGGGGUUAGCAGAGCAGUACCCUGAGGUGGGCACGGGGAAGCGCUUCCUCAACUCUGGUGGAUUCAUCGGCUUCGCCCCCACCAUCCACCAAAUCGUCCGCCAGUGGAAGUACAAAGAUGAUGAUGACGAUCAGCUCUUCUACACUCGGCUCUACCUGGACCCAGGGCUGAGGGAGAAGCUCGGCCUUAGUCUGGAUCAUAAAUCGCGGAUCUUUCAGAACCUCAACGGGGCUUUAGAUGAGAUGGUUUUAAAGUUUGGUCGGAAUCGAGUGCGUAUCCGGAAUGUGGCCUACGACACGCUUCCUGUUGUAGUCCAUGGGAACGGUCCCACGAAGCUCCAGCUGAAUUACCUGGGAAACUACGUCCCCAACGGCUGGACUCCCGAAGGAGGCUGUGGCUUCUGUAACCAGGACCGGAGGCCACUCCCGGGGGGGCAGCCUCCCCCCCGGGUACUUCUGGCUGUGUUUGUGGAACAACCUACCCCGUUCCUGCCCCGCUUCCUCCAGCGGCUGCUGCUCCUGGACUACCCCCCCGACAGGGUCACCCUGUUCCUGCACAACAACGAGGUGUACCACGAGCCCCACAUCGAUGACUCCUGGCCCCAGCUCCAGGACCACUUCUCCGCUGUGAAGCUGGUGGGGCCCGAGGAGGCCCUGACCCCAGGAGAGGCCAGGGACAUGGCCAUGGACAUCUGCCGGCAGGACCCCAAGUGUGAAUUCUACUUCAGCCUGGACGCUGACACCGUCAUCACCAACCCGCAGACCCUGCGCAUCCUCAUUGAAGCGAACAGGAAGGUCAUAGCGCCCAUGCUGUCUCGCCACGGGAAACUGUGGUCUAACUUCUGGGGGGCCCUGAGCCCCGACGAGUACUAUGCGCGCUCGGAGGACUACGUGGAGCUGGUGCAGAGGAAGCGAGUGGGCGUGUGGAAUGUGCCCUACAUAUCCCAGGCCUACGUGAUCCGCGGGGAGACCCUGAGAACGGAGCUGCCCCAGCGGGAGGUGUUCUCGGGCAGCGACACCGACCCAGACAUGGCCUUCUGUAAGAGCCUGCGGGACAAGGGCAUCUUCCUCCACCUUAGCAAUCAGCACGAAUUUGGCCGCCUCCUGGCCACCUCCCGGUAUGACACGGACCACCUGCACCCUGACCUCUGGCAGAUCUUCGACAACCCCCUGGACUGGAAAGAGCAGUAUAUUCAUGAGAACUACACUCGGGCCCUGGAAGGGGAGGGGUUCGUGGAACAGCCCUGCCCGGACGUGUACUGGUUCCCUCUCCUGUCCGAGCAAAUGUGCGAUGAGCUGGUGGAGGAAAUGGAACACUAUGGCCAGUGGUCAGGAGGCCGGCAUGAGGACUCUAGGCUGGCUGGAGGCUACGAGAAUGUGCCCACUGUGGACAUCCACAUGAAGCAGGUGGGCUACGAGGACCAGUGGCUGCAGCUCCUGAGGACAUACGUGGGGCCCAUGACCGAGAGCCUGUUCCCCGGCUACCACACCAAGACCCGAGCGGUGAUGAACUUUGUGGUCCGCUACCGACCAGAUGAGCAGCCCUCUCUGCGGCCGCAUCACGACUCAUCCACCUUCACCCUCAAUGUCGCCCUCAACCACAAGGGCCUGGAUUAUGAGGGAGGUGGAUGCCGCUUCCUGCGCUACGACUGCGUGAUCUCGUCCCCCCGGAAGGGCUGGGGGCUCCUGCACCCGGGCCGUCUCACCCACUACCACGAGGGGCUGCCCACCACUCGGGGCACCCGCUACAUCAUGGUGUCCUUUGUCGACCCCUGACACUCAACCACUCUGCCCAACCUUCCCUGCCAUCGUGCCUUCCUGUGCACCCCCUCCUCAGUGUGGGGGGGGUGGGUGUCGGCUCCUCACUUCCUGGGUAUAUGGGGUCUGUGUGCCUGGGACUGAAUGUGUCGCCUCGCUCCCCACCACACAGCCCUCAGGAAGCUCAGGGAGCCCCCUGUCCUGUUCCCCGGUCCCCAAGGGCUCAUGGGGACAGGACCUCUGGGGGUUCGCUACAUGAUAAAUUAUUGUUUCUCAGUCUCCCUCUCAAUAAAGGAGGAUUUGUAAUUCUUGA